GUCUCAGCGCAGUAUUCCUCCGAUUUUCCUCCGAGGACGGCGAAGGGAAAGCUGUUGCACAUUGAUUAUUGACGAAAUUUUAGCUUUUUUUUGUUGUGAAAUUAGUUAAAUAAUGAGUUUAUUAUACAAUUAAACAGCUUCGAUUAACGUGUCAAGAAUUUAAACACUCCUCACGACACUGUACUCGCUGGAGACUUUGCCCCAGGUCCAGGCAGGCAGGGCUUCGGCUUCGUUCUUACGCCCGUUCCACGAGCAGAGCGAACGCGUUAAUCUUUCCAUUAUCAUCGCCUCAUGCAUCGCUCUUAUCAGUAGUGGCGGUGUCAUUAUCGGAGAUUGCACUGGUUCCCGCCUCACACAGCGGGACAAGUUCGCGCACUGCCAGCGCCAGUCGUAAUCAGCAUCAGCUACCCGUUCGCUGCUAAGAUAUGGAACCUCACCUGCGACUAGUGACCGGGUCGAUCGAUCGGGUGUUCACCGGUCGCCAGCCGUGGCAGAUUGUGGCCAUCACGACGACCACGGUGCUGGGCAGCAUCUGGCUGUGUCAGGUGCUGUUCCAGGAGGAGAGCCUGUACCGACGGGCGAAGAAGAAGGUGUUCAAGCUGGCCCGCCUCAUACCGGCCGUCCGGAGGCGGGUCGAUGCGGAGAUUGAGAAAAUUAACGCCGGCUUCAUCAAGGACAUCAGCCAGACGGGCAACUACUACACCGAGCUGCCGCACGACAGCAUGGGCCAGGCGGAGAUACUGAAGAAGGUGGACGAGUAUCUCGAUCUCGGCCACUAUCGCUGGAAGGAGGGUUUUAUCUCCGGCGCCGUGUACUACUACAACCCCGAGCUGAUCAAGCUCGUGACGGAGGUGUACGGGAAAGCGUCCUACACCAAUCCCCUCCAUCCGGAUGUGUUCCCGGGCGUGUGCAAAAUGGAGGCGGAGGUGGUCCGCAUGACGGCGACACUGUUUCACGGUGGGCCAGCGGCCUGCGGUACGAUGACGACCGGCGGCACCGAAUCGAUCAUGAUGGCGUGCAAAGCGUACCGGGACUAUGCGAACGAUCAGCGCGGCAUCACGAAGCCGAACAUGGUGCUGCCCGUGACGGCCCACACCGGCUUCGACAAGGCGGCCAAGUAUCUGGGCAUCUACACGAAGGUGGUGCCGGUAAACGGCGACACGACCGAGGUGGACAUUGCCGCCAUGGAGCGUGCGAUCAAUCGCAAUACGGUGAUGCUGGUCGGAUCGGCCCCGAACUUCCCGUACGGUACGAUGGACGACAUUGAGGCGAUUGCAGCGCUCGGCCGCAAGUACAACAUCCCGGUGCAUGUGGAUGCGUGCCUUGGUGGGUUUUUGAUCGUGUUCAUGAAGCGGGCCGGCUAUCCGGUGCGACCGUUCGACUUUAGCAUUCCCGGCGUGACGAGCAUUUCGGCCGACACGCACAAGUACGGCUUCACGCCGAAGGGCUCGUCCGUGAUACUGUACUCGGAGAAGGUGUACCGGCACUACCAGUACACGGUCACGACCGAGUGGCCCGGCGGUGUGUACGGUUCGCCGACGGUAAAUGGGUCGCGGGCGGGCGGCAUCAUCGCCGCCACCUGGGCCACGAUGAUGAACUUCGGACUCGAUGGUUACGUGGAGGCGACGAAGCGUAUCAUCGAUACCACGCGUUACAUCGAGCAAGAACUACGUGCCAUAAAAAACAUCUUCAUUUUUGGCACGCCGGCCACAAGCGUCAUCGGGAUUGGAUCGCGCGACUUUGAUAUAUUCCUGCUCGGUGGCGAGCUGAGCAAUCUGGGGUGGAAUUUGAACUCGCUCCAGUUUCCCUCAGGCAUUCAUAUCUGUGUGACGUACAUGCACACCGAGGCAGGCGUAGCGGACAAGUUCAUCCAGGAUGUCCGCUCGAAGGUGGCCCUGAUUAUGAAGAAUCCCACCAAACCGGUCGAGGGCAAGAUGGCCAUCUACGGUGUCGCGCAGUCGGUGCCGGAUCGCGAACUGAUUGGAGAUUUCACCAAGUGCUUUAUCGAUUCCAUGUACUAUACGCCCGUCGACCAGAAGGCUGCCAAGUAGAUGACAUUCCGAUAGGGAAAGUACGUUUAACGUAAGGCAGAGGAGCCAAAUGCAAACAUCACAGGGCUACUGAGAGAGCGAUUGUGAGAGAUUUCAAAGCCGACUCAAAGUCGUGCCCCGUUACGCAAAGUAUAAAGAACAUUGUACGAAACGAUCGAAA